ACAUCAGGACUGCUCACAUCUAAAUUAGUGUUAUAUAGUUAUUGCUGUUUUAUAAUUUCAAACUUUUUUAAAUGUUGCGUUCUAUUACUAAUGGAUUCCUUCGCGGACGCGCUCAAGCGCAGCCCGAACUGUCUAAACGGCAUGAGCAUAAAAUACCAGAGAAACUAAAGAGCGUGGAAACCGAUAAAGAUCCAGAGUUCUCCAGCAUGGUGCUAUAUUAUUACCACAAAGCUGCACAGACUAUGGAAAAGCAGCUGGUCAAGGAAAUGGAUCAGUACUCGCAUCUAAAGCCCGAACAGAAACAAUCGCGUGUAACUGCAAUUUUGAAUUUAAUAGGCAGUGUGACCACCUCACUGGAGGUUAGUUUCCCUAUUAUAAGAAAGGAUGGCUCAUAUGAGAUCAUCACUGGCUAUCGAGCACAUCAUGUGAGAAAUCGUUUGCCUCUCAAGGGCGGCAUUCGUUAUGCCAUGGAUGUGGAUGAGUCGGAGGUGAAAGCAUUAGCCUCCAUCAUGACCUUCAAGUGUGCCUGCGUCAAUUUACCCUAUGGUGGCUCCAAGGGCGGCGUACGCAUCGAUCCCAAGAAAUAUUCUGUAGCAGAAUUGCAAACGAUAACACGUCGCUAUACUAUGGAGCUGCUGAAACGUAAUAUGAUUGGUCCGGGCAUCGAUGUGCCUGCGCCAGAUGUUAACACUGGUCCACGCGAGAUGAGCUGGCUGGUGGAUCAGUACGUUAAGACUUAUGGCUACAAAGAUGUCAACGCUUUGGCCAUUGUCACGGGCAAGCCCGUGCACAUUGGCGGCAUUAAUGGACGCCACUCGGCUACGGGACGUGGCGUUUGGAAGGCAGGAGAUCUGUUUUUGCAGGACAAGGAGUGGAUGGAUCUGUUGAGCUGGAAAACUGGCUGGAAGGACAAAAAGGUUAUAGUGCAAGGCUUUGGCAAUGUGGGUUCGUUUGCUGCCAAGUUUGUGCACGAAGCGGGCGCCAAGGUCAUAGGCAUACAAGAGAAGGAUGUGUCGCUCACCAAUGCGGAAGGAAUUGAUAUUAAUGAUCUCUUUGCCCAUGUGGCACAGAAGAAAACCAUCAAGGGCUACUCCAAGGCUAAGGAGGCAAAAGAGAAUCUGCUAAUAGCCGAAUGUGAUAUCUUGAUGCCAUGUGCUACGCAGAAAGUUAUUACCGGAGAAAAUGCCAAGGACAUUAAGGCUAAGCUUAUCUUAGAAGGCGCCAAUGGACCGACGACACCAGCUGGAGAGAUCGAACUACUGAAGAAAGGCGUCCUGCUUGUGCCCGAUCUGUAUUGCAAUGCUGGCGGCGUCACUGUGUCCUACUUUGAAUAUCUGAAGAACAUCAAUCAUGUGUCCUUUGGCAAGAUGUACUCAAAAACCACAUCACAGCUUAUACAUGAGACAGUUAACUCUAUUAAUCAAUCGCUGCAAGGUUGUGGCGAUGCAAGCUUUCCUGAAAUUGAAGCAAACGACCGAUUGAAGCAAAUACGCGACUGCACCAAGGAGGCGGACAUUGUGGAUGCUGCACUGCAGACUGUGAUGGAAUCAGCUGCCGCAGGCAUUAAGAUGACGGCCAACAAGUUUGAGCUAUGCAACGAUUUGCGUAGAGCUGCCUAUAUCUGGUCGAUUUUCAAAAUAUUCCGCGCUCUAGAGAGCUCUGGCAUAUCUCAGCAAUAAAAAUUUAUCAAUAUUUGUAAUUUUUGUACAACAAAUAGUCACAUUUGAAUUUGAUAUAUAAAAUUA